UUCAGAUUUAAAAUUCCAUAAUAGUAGACUAAUAUUCCGAUAUCGCUGUCCUGGUUCGACCAGUUUAUUGUUGGAUAGAAAUUUUCACUAUUCUGGUUCCAAUAUUGCCUAAGUAGGUGAUGGACUUGCAUCCAAUUUUGGAAUGUGGGGACAAUCCGACGAACGGUUUAUGGUAUGUUGUAUCGCCUGACAAAAGCCCGGAAUCAAGAGUGGGACAGGCGUGCGUGGCAAGAACCAGCCAGCAGUCAAACGGCGCCGAUGAAAUUAUUGCUAUUGGCGGAGCAAAUCCAUCAGCGACUUUCAGUGAUGUCUACAGGCUCAAUUGGAAAACAUUACAAUGGACUCAAAUUGAAUGUAAAGGACUAAGAUCUAGAUAUGAGCAUGCUGCUUUUAUUCCAACAUCAUAUCCGAAUCUCAUCUAUAUAUUUGGUGGAGCUAACAAAUCUGGAAAUUUAGACUGCUUGCAAUCCUUUGACCGAGGUUCAGGUACAUGGAAUGUAACAUCGUUCAAUGGUCAAUCACCUAGCCCCAGAACCCUGCAUUGUGGAGGAUUUUCUGGCAAUAAAAUGUAUAUAUUUGGAGGGGGACAUCUUGGUGCUGACCCUGUAUCAGAUUUGAAAUUGCAUGUCUUUGAUGCGACUAAUAAAGCAUGGUCUCAGCCUGAGCUACAAGGUGACGUCCCAACUCCAAGACAUGGUCAUAUAAUGGUUGUUGUAGACUCUACAUUAUUCAUUCAUGGUGGAAUGGCAGGAACUAACUUCCACGGAGAUAUGUUUGCCAUUGAUUUGAAGAAUUUCAGGUGUUCCAAACUUGAGCCGUCUGGUGAUAUUCCUUGUGCAAGAGCAGCCCAUUCGGCUUGCAGUCAUCUAUCUAAAUUUUACAUAUUUGGAGGAAUGUGCCCCCAAGGAGCUCUCGAUGACUUUUAUACUUUUGAUACAGCGACCUCAACCUGGACCUCAUUGAAACUUGAUUGUCCACCACCUGCUCCAAGAUUGGAUCAUUCCAUGUUAUGUACUUCGUUGCCAGUCAGAAGGGAUAAUAACCCAAGUGUUAAUGAGGUUUCUGUACAAAGCAAUGGAACACCAUUGCAAAGUGAAACUGCAGCCACCUCAAAUGGUAACAGUUCAGAUGCACCAAAAAUAGUACCUGUUGACAUAUGGCAAGGCACUGUCGCAGGAGACGCAAAUAGUAAAAUGCAGAAUUUAUCAUUGAAAGACUCUGGAGAUGGUUCAACUCCUCUUGUGGCAUCUGUUCCUGACUUAGAAACAGGUGCCACAAACGGCAAUGAUGCCACUGAUCAUGAAUAUGAUUACGUACCAGUAUGUGUUAUCAUUGGUGGAAUGGAUACAACUGGAAAUUUGUUCAAUGAUAUAUUAAUUACAAGAAUUGGCGAAAAGAACUGAGAAGGAAUCUUCCACUGUAAUUGGAUUACAGGUUUUUCUGAUGAACUGAGCACUGUUCCACCUUGCACAAGAAAAAAACUACAGCUCUUUCCAGAUACAAUGUUUAUUGAAUAUUUUUUGGUUCUCAAUUAUUUCAAUGCUUUGUGUUAAAGUAUAUUUUUUAAUAUAAAUUUGAUAGAUAUAUAUUUUUCGCCGAAGUAACAUGUUAUUCAAAUGGGCCUUUGAAUGCUUUGUAUUAUUUGACAAUGUUUCAAAUCGAAUUAGAACGAUACUUCUUCCAAUGAUAUAUCAUCACACAGUAAAAA